AUGAAGCUGAAUAUGACGUUCAGUUUCAGACGUGAGUUUCGUCUGAGUGAUUUUGACAUUGGUCGACCACUCGGCAAGGGCAAAUUUGGCAACGUCUAUUUGGCCCGUGUUAAAGAAAAGAAGUUCAUCGUGGCGCUAAAAGUUCUUUUUAAAUCGCAACUCGUCCACAAUAACGUUGAACAUCAAUUGCGGCGUGAAAUUGAAAUUCAGGCGCAUUUGAGGCAUCCUAACAUUCUCCGAAUGUACAAUUAUUUCUGUGAUGAGAAACGCAUCUACCUGAUAUUGGAAUAUGCAGCUGGCGGUGAACUCUACAAAAAGCUACAGGAAUGUGGACAUUUCGAUGAUGAACGCACGGCUAAGUAUUGCCACGAGAAGAGGGUUAUCCACCGCGAUAUUAAGCCCGAAAAUUUGCUUCUGGGCUUUUAUGGCGAGCUGAAAAUAGCCGAUUUUGGUUGGAGUGUCCAUGCACCAAAUUCCAAACGGACAACAAUGUGUGGCACGCUGGACUAUCUACCACCGGAAAUGGUGGAUUUAUGGUCGCUGGGAGUGUUGUGCUACGAAUUAUUGGUGGGGAAACCGCCGUUCGAAUGUAAAGACCCCAAGGAUACCUAUUCGCUUAUCACCGGCGCCAAGUAUAAAUUUCCAGACAACGUUAGUGCAGGUGCCAGAGAUCUAAUCAGUAAGUUACUUGUAAAAGAUCCGGCUGAUCGUCUUUCGCUGGCCGAUGUCCUGGAACAUCCUUGGAUUAGGCAAUACUUACUUGUAAAAGACCCGGCUGAUCGUCUUUCGCUGGCCGAUGUCCUGGAACAUCCUUGGAUUCGGCAGUACGUCGACACAUCCACCAGUGAAUUGUCAUUUGCUGUCUAA